UCUCCUCGCCUUGAAAAUAGUAAACCCGAGAAGUAGGAGCAGGAGGAUAUACCAAGAAGAUAAUGGCGACUGAGAAUGAAUUUUCCCCAAAAGAAUGGAGUUUCAAGGGAGACGAGUUACUAGUGAGGUCCUCAGCAGUAACUGUGAGAGGUGUUCUGGACAAGUUGAUGGGAAAUUUGAACCCAAAUGACCCCAGACCCACGAUUCCUUUAGGCCAUGGUGACCCUUCUCCCUUCCCAAGUUUUCGGACAGCUCCUGAGGCUGAAAAUGCAAUCUCUGACGCCCUUUACUCUGCUAAGUUCAAUUGUUACUCCCCCAGUGUUGGUACUCUUCCUGCAAGAAAGGCAGUAGCAGAGCACCUUUCACGUGAUCUACCAUACAAGUUAUCACCAGACGAUGUUUAUCUAACGAGUGGCUGUACCCAAGCAAUUGAAGUGAUCUUAACUGUCCUUGCUCGUCCUAAUGCCAACAUUCUACUUCCAAGACCUGGCUAUCCUUAUUAUGAGGCUCGGGCAAUAUUCAGCAAUAUUGAAUUUCGUUACUUUGACCUUCUUCCAGAGAAAGAUUGGGAAGUCAAUCUUCACACUGUCGAAUUGCUUGCAGAUGAAAAUACAGUUGCCAUAGUCAUCAUUAAUCCUGGAAAUCCUUGUGGAAAUGUGUAUAAAUACGAACAUUUAAAGAAGGUUGCUGAAACUGCCAGAAAGCUUGGGAUCUUAGUGAUUUCUGAUGAAGUUUAUUAUCAUCUUGCAUUUGGAAAGAAUCCUUUCGUGCCAAUGGGAGUCUUUGGAUCAAUUGCUCCUGUGAUAACAGUCGGAUCCAUAUCAAAAAGGUGGAUUGUUCCUGGUUGGCGAAUUGGGUGGCUUGUCACUAACGAUCCCAACGGCAUUCUCAAGAAACAUGGGGUUGUUGAUUCCAUCAUUGCAUUUCUCAACAUUUCCUCUGAUCCUGCAACUAUUGUUCAGGGAGCAAUAAUUCAAGUCCUUGAGAAGACUAAAGAGGAAUUCUUCUUGAAAAUACUCAAUCAACUUAGAGAAGCUGCAGAAACAUGUUGCAGCAAAAUAAAGGAAAUCCCUUGCUUUGCUUGCCCAAGCAAGCCCGAAGGAGCUAUGUUUGCCUUGGUAAAACUAGAUUUGUCCCUCCUGGAAGAAAUUGAAGAUGAUUUGGACUUCUGUCUCAAGCUUUCUAAGGAGGAAUCUGUGAUAGUUUUACCAGGGCUUGCUGUAGGACUCAAGAAUUGGCUUCGCAUAACUUACUCCGUUGAGCCAUCAGCACUCGAUGAUGGACUCAACCGGAUAAAAGCUUUCUGCCUGAGGCAUGCAAAGAAACAAUAGAAGUUGUUUCUCAUGCCUUGAAACAAUUAAAUCAUGAUCCUAGCCUGGAACAUGCGACAAGUAGCACUUCAGCGCAAGGUUUUCAUUGGUGUGAUCUUCAACUGCUCGUUGGAUAUCUUGCUACAGUUAGAGUUUUAAUAAAAAUGCCUAGUUUUCAGUAAUUUCCUUCACCUGAAAGGAAAAGAAUAUGUUACUAUGAACUUUUAUUAUGUCUUGUUUGUGAGUGCUGUUUGAAGGGUUGGCAGCUUUACUGUGGUUGUCUUCGAUCCCCUUUUCUGUCUGUGUACAAUGCCUUGAAGCUUAGUUAAAUGUGUCAGAUGUUGCAUUGCUCUUUGCCCCCUCUUUUCUAUGGUUGGAGGAGAGUGAACAAGGGAAGUCCCAUGGCAGGACAAAGAAAGUUCCUACCUGAAUUGAAGUGAAAGCUAAGCUUGAAGU